AUGGCGCUAAAUAUCUCCAGUGGAUAUGCUCCGCCGAGUAACCUUCAAGAUGCGUCAGACGCAGGUCUUCCCAUCUUCAAUGUUGAGCGAGUUCAGCUCCAGUUCAAUAUUGCUGCCGAUUUUGUGGCAGCCCAGGUCGCAAAUAAUGUCCUGAUACUGGCACUGGCCACUGGCAGGAUAUUGCGGAUCGAUCUGGACAAUCCCGCCGACAUAGACGAUGUUGACCUACCCAAAAAGCCAGCAGAGGUCGGACUUAUACGGCGAAUGUUCUUGGAUCCCUCCGCAUCUCACCUGAUUAUCACCACCACCCUGGGAGAGAAUUACUACCUGCACACGCAAUCACGUCAGCCCAAGCCUCUCUUUAAAUUGAGAGGAGUAUCAAUCGAAUGCGUGGCUUGGAAUCCCUCUCUUCCUUCAGCGUCUACUCGAGAAAUUCUGAUUGGGGCGACGGACGGUAACAUUUACGAGAUCUACAUUGAGCAGUCAUCAGAGUUUUUCCGAAGAGAAGGAGGAUAUACGACUCAAGUUUGGAGGGUGCCAGAUGGCGCGGUUACUGGUAUCUGGACAGAUACGAUCCCUGGCCAAUCCGAUCUCCGUAGGAUACUUGUAGCCUCACAUAACAGGCUCUUGCAUUUUCUAGGAAAGACAGGAGGUCGUGGUCGCGAAGGUUCGAGUUCAAUAUAUACAGACCUGUUCCGGAACGAAGCUCCUGUUGCUCAUGAUACAUCUGGUGCAUCUGUCAGUGCACCUUCGGUCCUAGCUAUAACACCUGAGUCCCACAAAUCAGAUGGCAAUCAGCAGGAUGAGCAGGGUUUUGCCUGGCUCUAUUCCCAGGGCAUUUUCUAUGGCAAUCUGUCAACCUCCCCAGCAAGUCCAGCUGUUGCAAACAAGAUCUUCAACGAAGCCAAAUUUGUCCCGAGGUCGAAAUUUCCAGAGACGGUUUCCGCUAGAGGAGGUCGUAAGCUGAUACAAGAUCCAAUCACUUCAAUGGCUUUAACGCAGUGGCACAUUCUCGUCCUGGUUGAAGGCCACAUCGUUGCCGUCAAUCGCCUUGACGGAAGCACAGUUUGUGAUCAGGUUGUCCUUGAACCAGGUCAAACCACAUUAGGACUCGUUGCAGACCAGAAGAAAAAUACCUUCUGGCUCUUCACUAGCCAAGAAAUUUUCGAGGUAGUCGCAAAUGAUGAAGACCGAGACAUAUGGAAGAUUAUGCUCAAGCAGCAGCGCUACGAUGAAGCACUGAAAUUUGCAAAAGACGCUUUUCAAAAGGAUGCGGUGGCGACAGCCUCCGGAGAUCAUCUUUCUAGCAAGGGACAAUAUCUUGAGGCGGCUGGUAUCUGGGGGAAAAGUAGUAAAGCUUUCGAGGAGGUCUGUUUGAGCCUAAUUGACAGCGGCCAGGAAGAUGCACUACGGAAGUAUUUGAUAACCAAGCUUGGGACGUACAAAAAGAGCUCAACGAUGCAACGGACCAUGAUGGCAACGUGGCUAAUCCAGAUAUUUAUGGGAAAGCUCAAUGCUUUAGAUGAUAUGGUAGCCACAAAAGCUGAAUUGCUAGAAAACACUGACGCCAAAGGAGCCAAAGAGCAAUUGCAACGCACAAUGCGAGAGUACCAAGACUUUGUGUCCAAGUAUAAAUCCGAUCUUGAUGCCAAAACCGUCUACGAAGUUGUUGGCAGCCAUGAUCGAGAAGAAGAAUUGCUCUUUUUCGCCAAUACUAUCAACGACUACAACUUCGUUUUGUCCUACUGGGUUCAGCGAGAGAAAUGGACAGAAGCACUUACCGUGCUUAACAAGCAGACGGAUCCGGAGACGUUCUACAAGUAUGGCAGCGUGCUGAUGAUCCAUGUGCCUGGUGGGUUGGUCGAGAUCUUAAUGCGUCGAAAUUCUAUCGAUCCACCAAGACUAAUACCAGCGCUUCUCAGUUACAAUGAGAAGGCCGAUGGACCCUUAAAUCAGAACCAAGCAGUUCGAUACCUCCAGUUUGUCAUCAACAAUUAUGCGGAAGUGCCUGCUGAAAUCCACAAUACUCUUAUCUCAAUAAUGGCAUCUCACCCCUCACCCUCGGAAGGUGUCCUUCUAUCGUAUCUCGAGUCACAGCCAGUACCUCCACCAUAUGAUGCGGACUUUGCAUUGCGGUUGUGCAUUCAGCACAACAGAAUACAGUCUUGCGUCCAUAUCUAUAGUUCCAUGGGCCAGUAUUUGCAAGCCGUGGAACUAGCCCUUCAGCACGACGAUACUGAUCUCGCUGCUAUCGUUGCAGACCGACCAGAAGGCAAUGACAAGCUUCGAAAGAGAUUGUGGCUUUUAGUUGCGCAAAAGAAGAUCCAGCAAGAUGCCGGCAUCAAAUCGGCAAUUGAGUUUCUCAAACGCUGCGAUCUUCUCAAGAUUGAAGAUCUCAUUCCGUUCUUCCCCGAUUUUGUCGUUAUCGACGAUUUUAAGGAGGAGAUUUGCACCGCGCUUGAAAACUACUCGCGGCAUAUCGAUGACCUCAAGCAGGAAAUGGACAUGUCAGCACACACCGCAGAGCAAAUUCAGGCUGAAAUUCAAGCUCUUGAUUUGCGGUACGCGAUUGUUGAGCCGGGUGAGAAAUGCUGGAUAUGCAGUCUUCCGGUGCUGAGUCGGCAGUUCUUUGUCUUUCCUUGUCAACAUGCUUUUCACAGUGACUGUUUGGGAAAGAAAGUGCUUGAGAGUUCUAGGUUGGGAAAGAAGAAGUAUAUCAAAGAUCUGCAAAAUGAAGUCAGCCGAGGAUUGAGUACGGGAGUGAAGAGAGAGAAUAUGAUCAAGGAGCUUGACAGUCUGGUUGCUGAACAAUGUGUUCUUUGUGGUGAUUACGGCAUCAAGCAAAUCGACGAACCUUUCAUCCAUGAUGCAGAUGACAGAGACGAAUGGUCCAUCUGA